AACGCAAAUAACACGCACCGCAACAAGAAUAAGCAAACAAUAUCUAAACUUCAGUCAGCCAGCUUGUCAGCUGCAUUUGCGUAAUUAACCAGCUCUACUCGGUGCACAUGCUUAACCGAAAUAAUAGAUGAGUACAGCUUGCGAUAAAUGAGAGCGCGCCGGCUGUCGGCCGCGACGCAGCUGCGGAAGCUUCCCACUUUGCUCGCAGCGGCAGCGGCAGUGCAAAUAUGCAUAGCAGGAGCGUUGCUCUAUGCGCCAGAGGCAAACUCAGCUGGCGGGGCUUGCUCGCCGGGUGACGCGGAUGGCAUCCCGCGGGACCUAGACGCCUCACAGCUGGCCCAGAACGCUCUAAACACAUCAACUCUUAGCACAUGGGACUUUGGGAUUGGACUACCGGCCAUCAAGGCGUCUGCAGGCACCGCCGUGAACCUGUCCUGCCUCACGGCACUCACCGCCACCGUGGCGGCCCCCUCGGCGGCGGCGGGGAGUGUGUUCCUGCAGCCCACGGCGCUGGACCUGUCUGUGGCUUCGGGCCUCAGCAUGGCCGGCGUCAGCCUCAGCACCGACUGCGCCACAGUGCUGGCAUACCAGCAGUACCUGUGCACGUCGCUGCGCGCAGCAGGCAGCCUGACGAUGGAGCCAGGCGUGGUUCGUUUCGGCCGCUGGCGUGACGGCUUCACGUCUCUGGACAACGUGAACCUCACCUGCCCCACGUCGGCGGGCGCGGCGGCAGUGGCUGUGCCUUGCCGUCUGGUGUCUGUGCAGACGGCUGCUGAGCUGCUGGAGGCGUUCACGGUGCAUGCGGCUGCUGCCGCGGCGGCGGGAGCCAACCUCACAAUCGUGCUUGCGGCGAACAUCAGCAUCAAUAACAGUGUGUGGCCUGCAGGAUCUUCUAUCAAGAUAAACAGCAACAUAACCCUGGCUGGCUCGGCGCGACUCGUUCGGCCCAUCCUGGACCUGGGGCGUCUGACGGGCAUCUGGACCAUGGCUGGGAACGCCUUCGUACUCAUCGACAACCUCACGCUGGUGAACCUGGCGCCGGCGUACUACAAGCCCGGCUACCGCUUCUCCCGGUUCGGCCCGCUGUCGGAGCGAGUGAGGGCCUUCUACACAGUCGGCAAACAGUUGUUUGUUCGAAACUGCACGCUCGUGGUGCCGCCAGCAGAGCUUUCAUAUAUGAGGUACUGGUUGACUUACCUGGUGUCGCCCGUGCCCGAGGCGCGCGCUAAGGCCGAAUGGUUAGCGGUCAACAACAUCAGCGUGGAUGCCGUCAAUGACUCUGGCGUGUACUACCGCUGUCUUGACGGAAUUACUGUGAGACUGGAGGACGUUCACUUGACUAACAGCCUCGGCCCGGGCUACGCACUCCUGCCAGCGCCGUCUGGCUUCGGGCAGCUGCAAGCCAGCAGCGUGCCCCUGAUCGCCGCCAACUCUGUGACCAACAGCUCGGACAUGCAGUUGGCGCUCCUCCCUAACAACACCACGCCAGAUGACCAGGGCCGCCGCUGGGUGCUCCUGGUGAACAACAUAAGUCUGGCGGCGGCGGGGCAGUGGCCUGAGGGCCCAGCACGAAACACAACCAGCACCAGCGACGCGCGUGCGGGCCUGGAAGGCACACCAGUCAAUCCCAGCAACGGCAGCUGUGGGGACGGCAGCUGUGACGCAGCAGCGGCGCCAGCAGGAAAUGACACGGGCGCAGGCGUGCAGGUGCCAGGGCUCACGGUGAUCGCCAGCUUGAUACCCGAGCACCCCGUGCGGCUGGGCUUGGGCUGGCGGCUGUCUGCUCUCGGAGUGCCUGGCGGUGCCGGCGCGGGACUGGUAGUCCGCAAUCUAGUGGUGAGCGAGCUUGCGGCUCGCGGCGGCAGCUACAGCCGCAGCGACCCGCUGGCAGUGCUGUCCAGCCCGCUGUGGGGCGUGUCGCUGGCCGCGGGCGCCAGCAAGACACGGCUGGAGAACUGCACGCUGGUGGUCAGUGCGGAGGAGCUGCGGCUGCUGCAGCAGGCGCUGCUGCCGGCGGCGCAGCUGGCAGCGGUUGGUGUGCCAGGGCCAGCAGGGGGCACAAGCGCCAACGCCACAGCCAACGGCACGGAGGGGAGCGGCUCGCCGCAGCGGCCAUUUGACUCUACGCUAGCGGCUGCAGCCCGGGCGUUCUUCGUGAUCGGCGAUGACUUGCUGCUAGGUCCUCCUUCUGCCAGCCGGCUCGUCUUUGUCAGGGGCUCCGCCGCUCGCUUCUCCCUGAGCAACGUGACGUUCCGCAGGUCAGACCCAGGCAGUGGCGAACAGGCGAACGCAGGUCUCACAGCCCUGGGCGUGCCUUACGAUGACGGCAGCAGCAGCGGCAGCGGCGUCCCUGUGGGCGCCAUUGCCGGGGCAGUGGUUGGCGGCUGCGUGCUGCUCCUGAUGGUUGGCGGGGCGGCAUGGCUCUCGGUGCGGCGGCGGCAGGGGCAGGGCAGCUACCAAGAGAAAGAGCUCUUCACAAGUGGUGAUUUGGAGCAACUUGGCAACAGCACCCCUGCUGCUGCCGGCGUGAGGUCCGGCGCAAGCGAUGAAGGUGUCAGCGGCAGCAGAGGGAUGCACAGUGGGUUUUCGGCGGCCCAGCGCCGGCGGCAGUUGCAGUCAUCCCUAACUGGGAGCAGCCCCAUGCUCCCAUGUAUUCGCAGAGGCCGCAGCAGUCUAGAGAUGGACAUAUUGCGAGCCAAAGGGGUCGCAAAGGGAGAGGCUGGCGGUCUGGGUGGGCCCAGCAAUUCACCCGCCACGCGGUCGGGCUCAGACACGCAAUCCGUGCGUGUAUCUGGACCCAGUGCGAUGUUUCCUGGGCUCGCUAUCUCAGGUGCUAGUCCGGGCGACCGGGCCUCCGUGGCUCCCGGCAAUCCUGCCGCCCAGGCGCCGGAGCCACCACAGCAGGCGGGGCUCAGGGAGCCCCCCGCAGGACCCGUCACUGCGACUGGGACCGACUCCUUCAACCGUCCGCCGACUCUGACCAUGUCGCACCACACUCUGCAGCGCCCAGGACAGUCUCACGGAAGCGGCGCGGCCACACUCCAGCGCAGUGGCGGCGGCUCGACUGGCGCCGCCAGCACUUCUGCAGCAGCAGCCGGUAGCACGACAGGUAGCGAGCCAGCUCAUGACAGCCAGAGCCGCUCAAGAGGCGCUGCUCUGGAGCAGAUGCGCGGCACGAUUGCGGCGCUGGGUCGGGACUUCGCAGGCGAUCAGCAGCUGCAUGUGCAUGGGCUGAUUGGCAAGGGCGCGCAUGGCACCGUGUAUCGCGGCACGUGGCGCGGCCUGUCCGUGGCGAUCAAGUCCAUGGUGUUUGGCCCCGACGACCACGCCCGCCACCAGCAGCGGCCGCUCAUGGAGGCGGCAAUCAGCUCAAACCUGACGCACCCAAACAUCGUGACCACCUACUCAUACGAGCUGCGCGAGGUGCAGCACGAGCUGGCGUCCCUGUCCCCGGAGCUGUCACAACAGGGCGGCGGCUGGCGCCUGCUCAUCAUCCAGGAGUUCUGUGACGCGGGCCCGCUGCGCAGCCUGGUGGACUGCGGUUUCUUCCUCACGCCGCCGCGACCUGCCCAUGCAGCCGCACCUAGUCCUCCUACUAGCUCCUUGCGGUCUCGGUUCAGGCUGCCGAAUGUCUCCUCCAUUUUGAGGCGGGACGCGCAUGCGAACGCGCCUGUGUCGCCUGCCACCUUGGCAACAGCUGCGCCACCGCGCAGCCGCGCUAGCGGGAGCAGCAGUGACAAAGAUGUGGGUGAGUCCAGCAGGGGCUCGCGUGACACCUCCAAGAGCGCACGAGGCGGGGUCGGCACGGCAGUCGAGGGCGAUGCACGGGCGGACAGGGAUCAAGCCGGCAGGGGUGCUGCGUCCACAGCGGGUGCGCCGCCAGAUCAGCUGCAAGUGAGAGCGCCGCUUGAGGACAUGACAGGGCACCACCAGCACGGCGGCACCCGGCCUCUGCUUGAGGACGUGCCUGCGGACGUGUCGGGCGGCCGGCCCGCAAGCUCGCUCCAGGCGGCCCUGCGCUACGUGGAGGCCGCGCUGCAGAUCGCACGUGGGCUGCAGCACAUCCACGAGAAGAACAUCGUGCACGGCGACCUGAACCCCAACAAUGUGCUGCUGGUGCGCGCGCCCGGCACGCCGCUGGGGUUCUGCCUCAAGGUGUCGGACUUCGGGCUGUCGGUGCGCGUGGGCGAGGGCCAGUCUCACCUGUCCAACUUGUUCCAGGGCACGCCCUACUACUGCGCGCCGGAGGUGAUGCUGUCUGGCAAAGUCGGCAAAAGCGCAGACCUGUACUCUCUGGGCAUCAUGCUGUGGGAGCUGCAGAACGGCACGCGGCCGCCCUGGCGCAUGGGCGUGCGGCUGCGCACCUACCCCUCGCUCAACACGGGCGAGCUGGAGUUCGGACCCGAAACGCCGCCGCGGUACGCACGCCUAGCGCGGGAGUGCUUCCACGCCUCCAGCGCGGCGCGGCCGAGCGUGGGGGUGGUGGUGGCGGCGCUGGAGAGGAUUAGGGAGGACCUGGGGCCAAGAGCGCGCGCAGCAGUGGGCGUUUGAUAGCAGCUGUACCAUAAGGCGAUUGGACAGAACAAAUGGAAGGACUCUUUGCUCGUGUAUGCUGUCAUGAAAGCGGCAUUACAAGGACGGCAUGUCCAGGACUCAGUACUUCGGCAGGAUGUGCUUGAUGCAGGAUUUGCACGUGCCCAUAUGGGCUUGCUUAAGAGAUGCCUGGAAACAAGUAGUGCAUGUUAUGAUGGCGAAUUAUAGGCCGGUGGGCGCUGCCUACCUGCGUGUUCUUACUGCUUGUGUGUGUGAGGGCUGGCGAAGCCGGCAGGAUUUGUUGGCGGUGGGACUGGCAGUGCUGCGGUGGUGUGUGUGAUGGGACAGGGUUCAAGGCAGGUGCUGCGGUGGUGGGGGCCCUGCGGCUGCACCAGAUGCUGAGCGCAUGUGAGUCCGCGCCUGUUGUUGGCGAAUCCAUACCAGCCGGCUAUAAGUGGACUUGUGGUGGCGCGAGAGAUGUGGAAGGUAGUGAGUUCAUGCGUACCAAGCAGGCAGCAUGACCAGGAUGGCACGGAAGGACGUGCGCCCAAUUGAGUUCGCCUGAGCCUACAACCACGGCCUACACCUCAGUGCGCGUCUGAGGCUGAGGGUCAUGGAUAGCUUCAUUAUCCGGACAUAGCCAGGCAGCAAAAUUAAGUUGGAUUGCAGAUGCACUUGACGCCUAAGUUGGGUUACGCGUAUCUGUUGCCAAUUAUGCUUUAAAAGGAUGACUGCGCACGGUGUCGGAAGCGGGUUAGCAGGUGCCGUGGCUAGCAGGCGGCACAGUCUGGAGUCUGCUCUCUACGACCCUGUUGCGCCUCCACAGCGCCGGGCUGUGUUGCCCAGGGUCGCACAGCACGUAAUCCGUGUCAGGCACGCUGAAAUCUCAGGUGGCGCUUGCCGUCGGAGUCUAGCUGCGAAGUGCAGAGAAAUGCGCCCGCUGACGGCUGACCGCGGCCGGGAGAGCUGCUGCCUGCUGGAGGGUGUCUUGCAUAAAUUGGGCGCCUUACCGACCCCGUGGAGCUGCUUGUGUGGUGGCCCCAGGUGAAUGUUGGCCUGUUGGGCCUGUCGGGACGACGUGAGACUCGAGUAGAGAGCGGCAGUAUGGCAUGCGCAGACGGCAGAGCACGGCACACUCCGUCAAACGUUGCCGUUCGACUUGCGCCAAUGAUCACAUAUAUGAAAUGACA